AUGCGACCUCGUCUGCGGAGGAUGACCUGGGUCUGCACUGAAGCUCCGCAAAGGUGUGCGUCCGCAGAAGAGAGACGGGCAGCUCGGCCACGGAGACCAGACGCCUUCUCGCUCCAGACCUCUGCCGGCGGAAAACACCAGAGAAAGAAGGUUAGACCCAGGAGCCCGCCCCUGACCCGCAGCCCCGCAUCCGGCCGCCCCUCGGCCGGAAGGGGGCGUGGCUUCGGUCCGGCGCGGCGAAGCCAGCCGCGGCGUGGGUGGGGGUGUCCUCCCGCAGACGAGCGUUUCCGGCGCGCUCCCCCGCGUCUUGCGUCCUGUGGUCUCGCCCGUCCCCGCUGCCAUGUUGGAUUGUGCGGCCGCCGCCGCUGCCGCCGCCGCCGCCGCGGAAGGAGGGUUGGAGGAGGAGUUGGGAGUUUAGCGCAGUCGCCGGAGUGCGAAGACAACGAGCCUCCGGCCAGAGCCUGGCCCGGCCGGAGCUGGGAGUUCCCUUUCUCAGCGCGGCCAGCCGUCGACUCCUCCUUCCCGUGGCCUCCUCCCCGCGCCGGCGGAGCUGCGAGAUGCUGCGCCUCUGAUUACCCUCCUCCCGCCCCUGUCACCGAGAAAGGGGACGAGCGCUCGCCCACUCGCUGGAGGAGACGGCCCUGGCCUCCCUACCCCGCCGGCGAAAUCAUGAGCUCCGGCCAGCAGCAGCCGCCGCCGCCGCGGAGGGUCACCAACGUGGGGUCCCUGCUGCUCACCCCGCAGGAGAACGAGUCCCUCUUCACCUUCCUGGGCAAGAAAUGUGUGACUAUGUCUUCAGCAGUGGUACAGUUAUAUGCAGCAGAUCGGAACUGUAUGUGGUCAAAGAAGUGCAGUGGUGUUGCUUGUCUUGUUAAGGACAAUCCACAGAGAUCUUAUUUUUUAAGAAUAUUUGAUAUCAAGGAUGGGAAACUAUUGUGGGAACAAGAGCUAUACAAUAACUUUGUAUAUAAUAGUCCUAGAGGAUAUUUUCAUACCUUUGCUGGAGAUACCUGUCAAGUUGCCCUUAAUUUUGCCAAUGAAGAAGAAGCAAAAAAAUUUCGAAAAGCAGUUACAGACUUGUUGGGCCGUCGACAAAGGAAAUCUGAGAAAAGACGAGACCCCCCAAACGGUCCUAAUCUACCCAUGGCAACAGUUGACAUAAAAAAUCCAGAAAUUACAACAAAUAGAUUUUAUGGUCCACAAGUCAACAAUAUCUCCCACACCAAAGAAAAGAAAAAAGGAAAAGCUAAAAAGAAGAGAUUAACUAAGGCAGAUAUUGGAACACCAAGCAAUUUCCAGCACAUUGGACAUGUUGGUUGGGAUCCGAAUACUGGCUUUGAUCUGAAUAAUUUGGAUCCAGAAUUGAAGAAUCUUUUUGAUCUGUGUGGAAUCUCAGAGGCACAACUUAAAGACAGAGAAACAUCAAAAGUUAUAUAUGACUUCAUUGAAAAAACAGGAGGUGUUGAAGCUGUUAAAAAUGAACUACGAAGGCAAGGUCCACCACAAUGGAGUGCACCACCGCCUCCACCACCAUCCCGGGGAGGGCCGCCUCCUCCCCCGCCGCCUCCACACAGCUCGGGCCCUCCUCCCCCUCCUGCCCGGGGAAGAGGGGCUCCUCCCCCGCCCCCUUCAAGAGCUCCCUCGGCUGCGCCGCCACCGCCGCCUCCGUCCAGGCCAGGUGUCGGGGUGCCUCCGCCACCGCCAAACAGGAUGUACCCCCCCCCUCCUCCAGCCCUUCCCUCCUCAGCGCCUUCCGGGCCGCCGCCACCUCCUCCACCAAUGUCGGUGGCGGGGCCGACGGCACCGCCCCCGCCGCCUCCACCUCCCCCGCCGCCGGGACCGCCACCUCCCCCCGGCCUCCCUUCCGAUGGUGACCAUCAAGUUCCAACUUCUGCAGGAAGCAAAGCAGCUCUUUUAGAUCAAAUCAGAGAGGGUGCUCAGCUAAAAAAAGUGGAACAGAACAGUCGACCGGUGUCCUGCUCUGGAAGGGAUGCGCUUUUAGACCAGAUACGGCAGGGUAUUCAGCUGAAAUCUGUAUCUGAUGGCCAAGAGUCUACACCACCGACACCUGCACCCACUUCAGGAAUUGUAGGUGCAUUAAUGGAAGUGAUGCAGAAAAGGAGCAAAGCCAUUCAUUCUUCAGAUGAAGAUGAGGAUGAAGAUGAUGAAGAAGAUUUUGAGGAUGAUGAUGAAUGGGAAGACUGAUCUAUAUAUUAUAUAUAUAUUUUUAAGGUGAAAUACUAAUAAACACUGCUUUCUGUCUAUGGAUUCUGUAAAAUUAUCAUGUAAAUGUUCUACCAAUUUGCUGUAUAUUUUUGUUGCCUUUUUUGCUUUUUUUUAUUAAUCUGUGCAAUACCUCAUUUAAUCUGUAAGGGUUUGUCAUAAUCCUCUGCAAAGCUACUCCCUGUUACUGUGUGCACGUUUACACCAGGAUGCUCACUUAAUUUGUGAAUAUUUCCCAUUCCAUCAACAAGGGAGUUUAAAUAUUAUAUGUGAGACUGACAAAAACCUUAAUGUAAUUUAGUUAUAAUGCCAGAAGGAAAACACUAUUUUCAUACCCUACUUUUUCUGUACCUAAAUUUUCUUAUUAAAAUCUAGUAUAGCACUACAUUCUUUUUUAAGUGAUGGCAAACUUUAUUUAGCCCCUUCAUUUUGAACACAUGCCACAUGAAUGUUGAAGCUGAUACAUUGCACAGUUCUCUAGACAUCACUGCACUGAUGCAGUUUCUCAAAUUUUAGCAAUAUGCGCUAUGUAAAAUCACUACAGAGAUGCUAGUCGGGAAAAUGAGUAACACACCUCUUACAGCAAUAUUGCCUGUUACUGUACAGAUGUGGUAUUUGGAGGCUGGAAUCAUAAGGAGCCCUUGCAUACCUGUGCUUGACUGAAGUUAUUUUUGUGCUAUAGCAAAUGUGGCAGGCUCUUUUAGGCAAAAAUUUUAAAAAUAUUUUUGGUACUAUUCUGAAACAAAAGUUGUUGAGGUUUGGGGAUCUUAGAGAUAAUUUCGUUGUACAUGAACUGAAGGAGGCUAUACAUUGUGGUUACUUCCAUAUUUGGUUAAGUAUACUGUAAAAAUCAGAACAUCAUAAAAGUGGUGUGGAAUUAAGUAUUUUUAUUUUGCAGUCUCUAUGGAUUGAGGUAUUCAGAAAUACCAGACAUAAAAAUCUUACCUAUUUGGCAAAGGUAUACACUGUAAUGAUGAAACUAUUAUGCUGUUUUUUUAAAGUGUGAUAAUUUCUCAAGAUUUUUGUCAAAUGUCAGGUGAAGGGUUACAUUUUUCUUAAAAGAUUGGUGGUCCCAGUGUCAAAUUUCUUGAAAUACAAAACUGAAUGACAGAUUUAAAAAAAAAAAACAAAAAACAAAUAAAACUUUACAACCUGCA